AUGGCUGCUUCGGUUAAAAUCGACCAACUUACUGGCGAUAAUUAUGAUACAUGGAAGAUCCAUAUGCGGGCUAUUUUGAAGAAAAAUGACCUGUGGGAUUAUGUGUCGGGCGCGAUACCGAAGCCUGCGAAAACUGACGCCAAGUUUGCCGAGUGGUGUAAAAUGGACGGUAAAGCCGAGUCGGACAUUUUGUUAGCUGUUAGCCCGAGCGAGUUAAUAGCACUGGAUGGAUUAGAUACUUCUAAAUCUAUAUGGGACAAAUUAAAAUCAAUGUACCAGUCUAGUGGACCGGCACGGAAAGCAUCUUUAUUAAAGAAACUUGUCCUGACUCGUAUGCAAGAAGAAGAUGACUUGCGUAAACACAUAGCAGAUUUUUUCGAUGCUGUCAAAAAAUUAAAAGAAAUUGGUCUCGUAGUUAUUGAUGAACUGCUUGCUAUAUUAUUAUUGUACAGUUUACCCGAAUCCUUUACAAUGUUUCGUACGGCUAUGGAGUCACGGGAUGAUUUACCAUCUACAGAAAUAUUAAAAGUUAAAAUUAUUGAGGAUUAUGAAGGCAGAAAAUCGAAGGAGUCUGAUCAAGGGGCAUUGUUUGUGAAGCGUAACAAGGUGCAUACUUAUAAGAAAGGCGAAACGUACGUAAAUAAAAAUAAAAGUGAAUGUUAUCGUUGCGGUCGCUAUGGGCAUUAUGCGAAGGAAUGUAGAAGUAAGUUCAUAAAGAAAACAAAACAAAGUGCGCAACAGUUAGAACGAAAAACCAGUGAACAGAAACACACAGGUAGUAUUAGUACAAUGCUUAGUACCACUGAAGAAGUGAUGUCAGGUGAACAUAAAAGUCAUGUGUGGUGCAUCGACAGCGGGUGCACAGGACAUAUGUGCAAUGAGAAGCAAAAAUUAAAGGGAUUUACGUAUGUAGACAGUGAAUUAAAUUUGGCCAAUAAUGAGAGCACACGAAUUGCUGGAAAAGGUAAGGUGAGCAUUAAUGUGGACACAGGCAGCGAAGAGCGCCGAGUUGACAUCGACAACGUUUUUUAUGUAUCGGAUUUACGCACAAAUUUACUGUCGGUGGCUAAAAUAACUGAUCACGGUUUCGAGGUACGAUUCAGGAAGAGUGACGCAAUCGUGAUUGACGAAGAAAAUAAAAUUCAUAUGCGAGCUGAUCGAAUUGGCAACUUAUACCAUAUGCGAUUAUGUCAAAGCAGUGUGAGUAAUGUUGAAGCUGUAAAAAAAUCAAUAGAUUUAUGGCACGAGCGUUUAGGUCAUCUUAAUGAAUGUGACCUAAAAAUCAUGGCAAAAAAAAAUUUUGUCCAUGGAUUAAACAUUAAGGACAACGAAAAAUUGUCAGAGUGUGAGAUUUGUAUGAGUGAGAAGCAAACUUGUAAACCUUUUCCUAAGGGCAUCAGCAAUCGUACAAGUGAACUAUUAGAAAUUGUACAUACAGAUGUAUGUGGUCCGAUGAGACACCAAUCAUUUGCUGGAAAAAGAUAUUUUGUUACAUUUAUUGACGAUAAAUCACGCUGGUGUGAAGUCUAUUUUAUUCGCAAUAAAAGUGAUGUAUUUAAUAUAUUCAAAAAUUAUAAAGCCGAAGUUGAAAAUUUUACUGGAAAGAAAAUAAAGUGUCUUCAAUCAGAUAAUGGAUCUGAGCUUGGACUAGAUAUACAUCAUAUGGAUGCUGUCACUGCAUACUUGAAUGGUCGACUUGAAGAAGAAGUUUAUAUGAAUUUACCAGAACAAUUAAGCGCAGUUUUAGACAAAAUACUCUCAAACAAAAGGAUUGGUUCUUCUGAAAGUGUUAUUCUAGACACUAAAAUAACUGAGACGGCUAAGCGUUGGCGUAAGAUGAUGAACGAAUGUGAUGAUUGUGUUUGUUUAUUGAAGAAGUCAUUGUAUGGUUUACGUCAGUUAGGGCUACAGUGGCAUAAAGAAUUAGUGCGAAUGUUGUUAAGUAUAGGCUUUAAGGCAUUACCUCAAGAUCAGUGUGUUUUUGUAGCGCGGAAGAAUGAGCACAUAAUGUUGAUUGCUAUAUAUGUCGAUGAUCUUAUUUUAGCUACAAAUGAUAAUGUAUGGUUAAAUAAUGUUAAAAAUAAACUGUCAAAUAAAUUUGAAAUGAAAGAUAUGGGAAAAAUUUCUGAUUGUUUAGGUAUACAGUUUUCACGUGAUAAUGAGGAUAGAGUGUAUAUGGAACAGAGUGUGUAUAUUGAAAGACUGUUGGAACGCUUUGGCAUGUGUGAAUGCAAACCAGCAUUAACACCUAUCGAUGUUAAUGUAAAAUUAAUGAAGCCUGAGAGUGUGAAUGAGAGUGUAAUGAAGCAGUGUCAGUAUCAAAGCUUGGUAGGUGCUUUGAUGUUUUUAGCAGUAUCAACUAGGCCUGAUAUCACUUACAGCGUUAACUACUUAAGCCAAUUUAAUACUAAUUAUAAUGUUGAGCACUGGAAGGCAGCAAAACGUGUAUUGCGAUAUUUGAAAGGCACUCCUAACUACGGUUUAGUGUAUGAGAGGACAGGUUUGUCAUUGUUUAGUGUUGUGGAUGCCGAUUGGGCAGCGAAUAGUGUAGAUCGAAAGUCAUAUUCUGGUUUUGCUUUUAUUUUUGCAGGUGCUCCUAUUAGUUGGGAGGCACGAAAGCAACGAGUGGUGGCACUUUCAAGUACAGAAGCCGAAUAUGUAGCUAUAUCUGAAGCUACAAGGGAGGCUUUGUAUUUAUCAAACAUUUUUAAUAAUAUAGGAAUGAUGGGUAUGUAA